AUGGCGGCGACGUCCCGCCCGCCCACGCGCGUGCCGACGCGCGAAGACUUUGCGCCGCUGACGCGCGACGGCCGGCUCGCGGUGCAGCUGCACUUCCCGUCGCCGCCCGAGUCGACGACGGCGAUCCUGGUGCUGCUGCACGGGCUGGGCGACUCGGAGGCGCCCUUUGCCGGCUUCGCGCGGGCCGUCGACCUGCCCGGCGUCCUGGCCAUCGCGGUCCGCGGCGUCAGCCCGCUGCCGCCGGCCAUGCUGGGCCUCCCCGACGACGACCCGGAGGCACAGCAGCAGCAGCAGCCGACGAGGCACUUCCACUGGGGCGACGACCUGCGGCUGGACGGGGACCGGCUGGACCCGGACCCCGGGUUCGACGCGGCCGAGGACGCGCUGCUGCGCCGGCUGGUGGUCGGGGUUCUGGGGGACCGGUGCGGGUGGGACGCCGAGGACGUGCUGCUGUUUGGGUUCGGGCAGGGCGGGAGCGUGGCGCUGGGGCUGGCGUCGCGGCUGCGCGCGUCUGGUGGUGGUGGUGGUGGUGGUGGUGGUGGUGGUGAUGGCAGCAACAGGAGGAACGCGCGGUUCAAGGGCGUCGUGUCCAUCGGCGGGCCGCUGCCGCGUUCCAUGGUGCCGACGGUCAGCGAUCGCGCCAAGGCGGCGACGCCGGCGCUGCUGUGCCGCGCGAGGCGGAGCGAGGGGCUCGACGACGACGCGGUCGAGGCGGUCAAGGGCGAGUUCGAGACGGUCGAGGUGGCCGAGUGGAAAGACAAGACCGAGGACGGCAUGCCGGCGUCGAGGGAGGAGAUGAUGCCCAUCAUGCGCUUCUUUGCCGACCGGCUGGGGGACGGGGGCGGACUUGGGACUUAGGGGGAGUUGGUGGGUGGUGGGGAUUCGUACGGGGUGUUCCUGUCCUGGGUGUCGCUCUCGGGCUCGUGUGUCUUACGCUUAAGGACCUAUGCUGCCGAGGGGCGUCGAGCUGGGCCUACCCUGGAUAUAGAGGAGAUCUCUUUUCGGCAUGUAUUUUCCCACACGUCAGGCGUGCUAUACACCCCUCCAACACACUACAUCUUCAUGCGAAAGUGAUCAUUCAAAGGGGAGGGGUACUGUAGCAUUAAAUGGAUAGCAGAACGAACUCGGUCGAGACAUGCACAUUAAAACACACGAGAAGCCUAUGGAUUUCCUCAAGAUAACCUUCACCCUC